AACGACAUCUGUAGUCAUACAGACAUCUGCAGUGAUUUGGCGGUCAAUCCAAACAAAUCCACAAAACAAAACAUACAAAGUAUUUCAUGUUUUGUUUUGUUGACAAUCAAUCAGUUCCGUAGAUAUCCUGAAGAUUGAAGAGCGAGAUGUCGGCAACAAAUGACAACUCAUUUAACGAUUCGUUUGAGGAUGAUCUCAUCGAUGACAUUGUCGCCGCCGAUGUCUUAGACAAUCAUCACCAUCAACAACAACAACAACAGCAACAACGCGAUAGACACAGCGAUAUCUUUGACAAGUUAUUCGGUGAUGACUUCGAGGACGAGUCGAUACUAUUGAGUUUGUCGACCAACGAAUCUUUACCUGAAAUUGUUCUCAAUUUUGAUGAGUUCCGCAAAACGGUUACCGAAUCCGCCGCCGCUGUAGAUGACGACACCAACCUUACUGUCGAAUACAUCUUGGGUUUGACACGAUUGAUGCAAAAGUUGGCCCAAAUUGAUGACACUAUUAUCGAAUGGUGGAUCCGAUCCGAUAGACAAUCCGAUUAUUGUCUAUUGACUACACUAUUCCGAUUGCUGCCCAAUUGCUAUCGGGAAAUAUGUUUACCGAAACUAAUUGAUUUGUCCAGAAUUGACCAACGAAUACGGAUCAGCUUUUAUGAGUUUCUAUGUUUCAAUAUCUGCCAAUUGGUGGCCACACUCGGUCCGGAUCACUAUCCAUAUGUUGAAGAGUUGCUGUUUGAAAACCUAUUGUCCGAUAAGUCAGUGUGCAAUCAGUUGGCCUCCGAUGUCCUCUGUUUUGUCUGUCGACUAUCACCGUCGACACUAUGCUAUCACUAUUGUUCCGUACUGUUCAUCUUAAGCAAACACAUUGAUGAUACAUAUCUGCUGAUUACCACUUCGCUAAUCAAUCGUUUGCUACCCAUUCUUACGGCCAACGAAUUCCACUCAUUGAUCAAUGAUUACGAUUUGUUUCGCUAUUCAAGAAUCUGGCGAUUACUUAGAUUUUCAAUACUAAUGUCAGCGGAAUUGAUCACUGAUUACUUGAACAGAAUUAUUACCGAAUCAAUUGAUAAUCAGAAACCGAUUAAUAGUUACGAAAUUCAAGUAUUGUCUAAAUUGUGUAAUAAUUGUUUAGUCAAUAAUUUUCAUCAAAAGAUAUUCUUCGAUGUGUUUGUCAAUAACUUUAUCAACGGUUUAAGUGAUGAAGAACCACAAAUUGCCAGCGAUUUCAUCAAUUUGUUGACCACUUUAUUGUCGAAACAGAUCAAUGAUAACGACAAAUGUAAUAAUAAUAAUACUCUAAUUAAACUAUUGUUAAAAUUAACUGAAACUAUCGACAAGAAAUUGAUCCCCAGAAAAGGAGGAAAUAGUAAUUUAGUUUUAACCGAAAAGAUUUUAAAAUAUUUGGUUUUAGUAUCAUUGAUAUCACCAGUAAUUUCUGGUGAUAAUGAAGAACAACAACAGAGACUAACAAAACUAAUCAGUCGAUCGUUGAAAUCAAUCUACAAAAACAAUUCAAAAAACAAAUGUUUUUACUUGAAAUAUCUGACACUCAAGUAUAUGAAAGAAAACAAUGGAUGA